AUGAAUUUGUAUCAAGAGUUAACGUGCGAUGGGGAGAGUAGCGCUCUGUUCGCAGGGGGACACCGACCAGGGGAGGUCAGGAUAGGUGACUUGGACCAGAUCAUUUCUCCAGAACUUGGAGCUGGCAAUGAGGGUAACUCUUUAUCAGAGGGUGACCCGGGAUAUUCAUUACAACACAGUUACCCGUCUUUCUCCGGUGCCAAUUCUGCAACCGACUGUACGGUAACUCAGCUCCCAGUCUACUCAGGCUCGAGCAGCUCUCCUCUGACACAGAGUCAGGGCUUUUCAACCACGCCACCGGCCUGCCUUCACUACUCUCGUCUCCCCUCCUACCUCCGGGUGCAGGAACAUGACUUCCCCGGACUUGGAUACUCCUCUUCCACACACAUCACCGGGACUGAGGCGCUGGCGCACGCAGAAUUCGGGUCUAUAAAUGCGCACAUUAAAAUCUACACUCAUGAUGGGUCUAAUGUUCACUUUGCUGUUGUGGACAGUAGCUCUCACUCCGAGCCCAAUUGUAAGGUAGCUGAACUAAGUCACAGGAGCAAAACUUUUGAUUGGAUGAACGUGAAGAAGAGAAGUCAAGCUCGGACGGCCAAGAUGCACAUGGCCUGUGGAUUAAGUAUAGUCGCUCCGGGCGUCAGUAUGGACAGAGGAGGUGGAGGUAACCACAGCAUUCCCACCGAUGGGCAUCAUAUUACCGCUAACGGGGUACUGAGGACCAAUUUCACCACCAAACAGCUCACGGAGCUCGAGAAGGAGUUCCACUUCAACAAGUACCUGACGCGAGCCAGACGCGUGGAGAUCGCGAGCGCCCUGCAACUGAGCGAAACGCAGGUGAAGAUUUGGUUCCAGAACCGGCGAAUGAAACAGAAGAAAUUAAUGCGCGAGGGCCUUCUCCCGGUGGCCCCUCCCGUCCUCAAGCUGCUCAGAAAGCUCACGCUCCAACAGCCUGGACACUUAUUCCUCUCCUGGACAACUUGA